AUGUCUGAAGGUUGUUAUAGAGCACUUUGGUUUUUUUUAAAAUAUUAUUGUAGAAAUACGUGGAACUUGUACUACACUCCUGGCAGCCCACCAUGCAGAUCCGUUUUGAUGACAGCCAAGGCUUUGAAUUUUGAAAUGAAUUUGAUACCUAUGGAUCUCUUCAGCGGUGCGCACUUGCAACCAAAAUUUUUGGCGAUAAAUCCUCAACACACUUUACCUACACUGGUUAAAGAUAAUUUUGUUUUAUGGGAGAGCCGUGCAAUCAUGGUGUACUUGGUAGAAACUUUUGGAAAAGAAGACCAUCCACUGUUCCCCAAGGACACGAAUAAGCGAGCUCUUAUCAACCAAAGAUUGCAGUUUGACAUGGGCACCUUGUACCAGGCUUUUAUCGACCAAUACUACAUGUGGAUUUUUGGUUAUUCAAAAAAAACCGAAAAAAAAGAGAAGUUACUCCAAGAAGCAAUCGGGUUUUUGGAUACCUUUCUGAAAAAUUCCGAUUGGGUUGCUGGCGAUUCAAUGACUUUGGCCGAUAUAUCUUUGGUAUCUUCUAUUUCAACCUUCGAGGUUUCCGGCGUUGACUUGAGUAGGUACGAAAAUGUCUCUAAAUGGCUUCAAAGGUGUAAAGAUAAAAUGGUGGGAUACAAAGAAAUCAAUCAAGUUGGAGCAGAACGAUUCAAAGCAUACGUAGUCGAGAAAAUAAAUAAAACAGGUCCACAAACGGAUUUAGUUACCAAGGAAGAUAUAUUUACAGCGACUGAAGUACUAAGAAAUGCUGUAAAAGCUAAGAUCAUAGGUGAAGAAUUUUCUGAUUCAUUAAGCAAAAUAGAUGAAGCCGUGUCGGUCUAUUAG